UUUUCAAUUCGACAGCUAACAUUUGCACAGUCAAUCACAACCGUUAAAUUACUCAUCGCCGGCGAUCUGUAAACUCCGAUCACUUCUCCGUGAUCUGACUAACAAUGUCAUGGUUGGCUCGAUCAAUUGCCAACUCCCUGAAUCUCGACGACGACACAAACGACGUCGUUCCACCUCCUAAUCGAGAUCACUCCACUGACAAUCCAAAAUCGGAAAAUCAUCAACAAACAGAAGAUUCAUCUUCACCGACAUCGCCUUCACGUGGCGUUAAAGAGGAUCUGUCGGAGCUAACUAAAACACUAACCAGUCAAUUUUGGGGAGUCGCGUCAUUUCUAGCUCCACCGCCACAAUCUGAUUCGUAUAAGCCUAUUGACAACUCCAAAUUGGAUCCGGAUGAGGAGGAAUCCGACCCGGCGGCGGGGAUCGUAGGUUUGCAGACUGACUUUGCUGAAAUCAGUGGGAAGUUCAAGAGCGGAAUAUCUUUACUGUCGAGUAAUAUGGCGGUGUCGGAAAUUACGAAAAUGGCGUCGAAUUUACUGCAGUUGGGACCGGAAGAGGAGGAAGAGGGGAAAGGCUUUGAUCUGGACAAAGGUGUUGUUGGUGUUACGGAAGAAGUAGUGGCUUUCGUAAGGGACAUUGCGAUGCAUCCUGAAACUUGGUUGGAUUUCCCUUUGCCCGAAAAUGAAGAUGAUGAAGAUUUCUACUUAUCUGAUGCACAGCAAGAGCAUGCAUUAGCUGUUGAACAACUUGCCCCCAGAUUGCCUGCUUUGAGGAUUGAGCUCUGUCCAAUUUACAUGAAUGAAGCGCGUUUUUGGGAGAUCUACUUUGUACUUCUUCACCCUCGACUGGAUAAGCAAGAUGCUAAGCUUUUGUCAACACCACAGUUUGUCAAAGCCAGGGCCUCAUUGGCACAAGAGUUGCAUAAGCGAACUAAGCCAAUAGAAGAAGACUGGCCAGAGAAGAGGACUUCUGAAUCAAAUGACAGAAAUAACUCUCGGCCUGAAGAGAUUGUCUCAGUGCCGUCCACUGCGCUUUCUACAGAUGUGGUUCAUGAGAUGUCUAGUGUGGAAUCGAGCACUUUUACUGCAGUACCUGUCCCUGCUACCAAGAAGCAGCCUGUCCUUAGUAGUGAAAGCCAAGUUGUUGACAAACCAGUGGUUGAAGGAGGACUCGUUACACAUAGUAAUGUUGAAAAACAGCCUGUUAUUAGCCGUGAAAUCCAAAUUGUUGACAAACCAGUGGUUGAAGGAGGACUUAUUACCCAUAGUAGUGUCGAAAAGCAGCCUGUGAUUAGCAGUGAAAUCCAGAUUGUUGACAAACCAGUAGUUGAAGGAGGACUUAUUACCCAUAGUAAUGUUGAAAAGCAGUCUGUGAUUAGCAGUGAAAUCCAAAUUAUUGACAAACCAGUGGUUGAAGGAGGAGUUGCUACCCAUAAGAAUGUUGAAAAGCAGCCUGCCAUUAGCAGUGAAAUCCAAAUUGUUGACAAAUCUGUGGUUGAAGGAGGACUUGCUACCCAUAAGAAUGUUGAAAAACCACAAUCUGUUUCCACUAGUAAGUUACAAGAGAGUGAUGAAGAUGAUGGUGAUGAUUGGUUAAAGGAAGAAGGCACAGAAUUCGUAGGUGUUAGUAAGACCACCAUUCCUAUCGACAAUGAGGAGGAUGUAUCAUUUAGUGAUCUUGAAGAGGACGACAUGGACGUGCCUGCAAAUGUCUAGAAAGUAAAUUACAGUUCUGAUAGACUCUCAAGAUUGUGUUCAGUAGAGAAAAAGCUCCACCAGCUUGUCAAAAAU